ACGUAUGGUUAAAUGUACUUUGCCAUGUUUAAAAAAUGUUUUCAAUUGCAUAUCUGUGAAAGAAAGCUUUUCUGAAAGACUUGAAAAUCUUAUCGCGUGAUAUUUGUGGCCGAGUAAAGUGUCAAUCGCAGUUCGAUAUUUAACCACGAGGUGGCAGCAUUGUUUCAAGUUUAUUUUUAGUGCUAAAAUUUUAGACGAUUCAAUGGUCUUUUUUCCACGAUUUUUGAGGUGGAACACUGGAAUUAAAUUCAACUGGUGACAGAUUCCAGAUUCAAUUCUGCUUCACGGGGAUUCACCUGGAACAUUUUGUUUUGAGGAGUAUUAACAGAUUGACGCUACUGCUGACGACUACUAAAAGGUGCUGAAGAGUCAGUGGAAGCCAUGUUAGGGGUGCAGACGGGGCCUCCUCUAAGAGGAAGUAGAAUCGGGCCACAGUGAUGGUCCACCUGGGUCUGCAGGAAGCGGCACCUCGCAACUCCUGGAUCACUCCCAGACCUCCCUGCUGCACACCCGGAUGAACCUCUGCUGCAUUCUAAGUGCUCUGAUUUUCACCAUUUCCACUUCAGAACUCCACUUUUUGUGAGACCAUUUAAAGCGUUUUACAGAAGGACACUUUCAUUGACUGGCAGUUCUUCCACCUUCACAUUUCGAUCAAUUCGAGGAGCUGAUUUCCCAGGCAACAUGCAGUCCGAUGACCUAUUCGCCCGCAGAUUUCGGCGCCAAAAUGUACGACCGCCUGGCGCGGCCGUCAACUUUGAUCCCAAACGGGAGGCGGGUGUGGUGGAGUGGCCGCCCAGGAGGGAGGCAGACGGGUCCGACGGAGAUAAUCUAACCCCGAGCCGGGCUGGGCUAACCCUGCGCGCGGUGGGGCGGGGCCACAUAAUGCAGCGGAGUAACAGCGAUGUGACUUUAGGAGACUUGGACUCUGGCGGCAAAGCCGGAGGGAAAGCGGCUCGGGCAGUUGGAGAGAAGAUGGGUGUCGGGGCUCAAAUGGACACUGGGGUUCUGCUACACAGGGAAUAUGGAAGUCUUUCUUCCCUGGAGAGACAAACACAAGUCCAGGAUCCAGGAAAUGCAAACCAGGGACCCCUCAGUCCAAAUGCCCUCCGGUUUAAGGACCCUUUCCUGCUUUUAGGACUCCAAGGCAACCCACCGGAACCCGACGGCUUCUUUCGAGGCCUGUCUUCCGCCACGGGGGAGUCCCCAAAACCUGCAAAGCCACCCAAGCCUGAAGGUCUUAGUAAGAAGUCCAAAACCGUGCCCCCUCCAAUCCCCCAGCCCGGUCCCUAUGAUAACAUCGGGGGUGGUGCUUGGGUGAGGAACUUUGCCCAUUAUGACGUUCAAAGCAUCCUUUUUGACCUCACAGAGGCAGCCACCAACAGAGACAGCAUUGGACGCAAAAAGAAUAUCACUUCAGGGGCUUCGGCCGCCUCGCAGAUGCGGCCCCUCACACAGGGAGCGCCUUCCUCACCUGCGCAAGGAGGCGGAGUUGGCAACGGGGGCGGCAUGGAUGACCCCGAGCAAUCGAUGCUGCUGGACGAAGGUGACGGCAACGACAACGAGCUCCUGCUUAGCUGCCCUCACUUCCGAAAUGAGACGGGCGGAGAAGAGCAGGUGGGCCUGGGUCGAUCUCAGGCUAGGAGGGGGCUGUGGCUCAGCCCGCGGACCCCCAAUGACGCAGCGUCUGUCCUGGAGGAACCCAGAGAAAGUCACAUCCAGCAGCAAGGCAAAAGCAACUACUUCAUCGAACAUGCCGAUCUGGGGGCGCAUUACUAUCGGAAAUAUUUCUACAUGAAAGAACAUCAGAAUUUCUUCGGCAUGGAUGAUCGCCUGGGCCCAGUGGCCAUCAGUUUCCGCAGAGAAGAGAAAGAAGGCACAAGUGGCGCUCAGUACAACUACAGAAUCAUCUUUCGCACCACGGAGAUGAAGACACUGCGUGGGUCCAUAUUGGAAGAGUCAGUUCCCUCCGCCGCCCGUCACACGACCCCUCGAGGUUUGUCUCCAAAGCGGCUGCUGGAGUUCAUCAUGCCUGAACUCAACCUGCACUGCCUCCGCUUGGCCUCAAACUCCCCCAAGGUCCGCGACACCUUGCUGAAGCUGGAUGAGCAGGGGCUUAAUUUCCAGAGAAAAGUCGGCGUCAUGUACUGCCGGGCAGGGCAGAGCUCCGAGGAGGACAUGUACAACAAUGAAAGCUCCGGUCCGGCGUUCGAGGAGUUUUUGGAUCUGCUCGGUGAUCGUGUGCGUCUGAAAGGCUGGGAAAAGUACCGAGCUCAGCUGGACAAUAAGACCGACUCAACAGGGACGCAUUCCCUCUACACGCGGUACCAGGACUAUGAGAUUAUGUUCCAUGUGUCUACCAUGUUGCCCUACACAGCCAACAACACUCAACAGUUGCUGAGGAAACGUCACAUCGGCAACGACAUUGUGACCAUUGUGUUCCAGGAGCCAGGCGCGUUGCCCUUCACGCCAAAGUCCAUCCGCUCCCACUUCCAACACGUCUUCAUUAUUGUUCAGGUUCAUGAGCCCUGCACAGAAAACACCUAUUACAGAGUGGCUGUGACACGCUCUAAAGACAUGCCAUUAUUCGGUCCGCUCUUCCCCAAGGGCGCUCUCUUCCCUCGGUCGCCGGCCUUCAGAGACUUCCUCCUGGCCAAGGCAGUUAACGCAGAGAAUGCCGCAGAAAAGUCAGAGAAGUUCCGCUCCAUGGCUACACGCACGCGACAAGAAUACCUCAAGGACUUGGCUGAAAACUACGUGACUACGACGCCCAUCGACUCGUCCACCAAGUUUCCGCUGCUCUCCCUAGGAGGCAAGCGCAAAGACAAGCUGAAGGGCGCCAAGGGGGCAGAGCUGCACAGCGCCGGAGCGCUAGUUUGGGCCGUGAUGGUCGACGGCGGGGAGGAAGGCGAGGCGGCGGAGCACAAGUUGCCCUGUCUGCUGGGCAUUUCUGCCGAGUCGGUGGUGCUCAUCGAGAGGUACACGCGCAGGGUGGUUUUUAACUGCUCCUGCAGGGACGUCAUCGGAUGGAAGGCGGUGGCCGAAACCAAAGAGGGAGGGCCCUGCUUGGACAUCUUCUAUGAGCGUGGGGAGUCGGUGUCCAUUAGCGUAACUGAGAACCAGGCUGAGGAUUUAAGAGAGGUGGUGCAGAGGCUGGAGUUGGUAACCCGAGGGUGCGAGGCUUUGGAGGUCACCCCGUUACGUGACGGCGUAGGCCAACCUGGCUUUCUGAUGAACGAAGAGGGCUUUGUGACGGAGCUUCAGCGGUUUUGCUAUGCCGAGAGCGGCGGACUGCAGUUGUGGGCUCGCGUGGUGCGCUUGUGCGGCCACUCCCUGGUCCACCUCGGAACGGAAGAGAGGACUAGACUGCUUCGCACCGCGCACAAGAUCCACAUUACCGUCAUCCCGCCAGAUGAAAACGGGAAACCGCGAAGGAGCUUCUCGGAGCUGUACCAGAAAGCCAUCAAGGAUGCAGAGUGUAAGCCUGGCGAGGACCAGUCGGGUGAGGCCUGGGUUCUCGAUGAACGGGAGGAAGGUGAAGACGAGCGGGACAAGCAGCUUAAGGGGGAUAGUAUCACCGAGGCAGAUGCAGCGGAAGUCCAAGUGGAAAGUGAUGGGGCAUCAGAGCCUCAAGGAAAGAGUGAGAAGGAUGACGGCGAGUCGCUCCUGGCGCCGCCAAGCCUACCUUUGUUACGAGCCACUUCCCUGCAAGACCAACCUUCCAAUCAGGACCAGGAGAGUUCGCAGCUCACACGCAGUUUCUCUUUAGAGAGGCAUUCAUCCUACAGCGAUACCUCUGAGGGACACAUUUACGACAACGUGUCCUUGAAAGAGGACCGCCACAUCUAUGAGAAUGUUGGCGAACUGAGAGAUGCCACGCCUGAUCUGAUCCUGGCAGUCAAGCCCAAAUUUGCCCUGGACGAUGAACAGUUCAUUGCUGAUUUUGGUGAGGACAAAGCUUCGGCUAGCGAAUCGCCUCUCUCCUCUUCGAGGUUGUCUUGCGUUGACCGAGCGGAGAGGAACUCACGAGCCUUAAGUCUACACAACUCCAUUACCAAGAUUCUCUCAGAGACGACAGAUUCCACCGAAGAAGAGUGGCAGUCCAUCGCUGACCUGGCCACAGCCUGCCGCAGCAUCUUGGAGGCUCUGUCACGCGAGGAUCGCAAAGCUGGCGACCAAUCAGGGGCUGAUCACAUGGAUGGAAAGCUGAAUACAAAAGAGAGUGACUCUCCAGGCCACCUGGAGGAGAAGGUGUCACAGUUGGAGGCCAUGCUGAAGAAACUGCAGGAUGACCUGCAAAAGGAGAAGGAGGACAAGGCGGUGCUGCAGGCCGAGGUUCAGAGCCUGCGGCAGAACAACCAACGGCUGCAGGAAGAGUCACAGAGCACGGUGGCACGCCUCAUCAAAGUCACCGAGCUCCUGUGCAACGUCAACAAGCCCUGUUAGCGCCUCCUAUAAACGCUUCUCCGGUAACAACAACAACCUGCCUGCUGGCGAAGGUGUAUGCAAAUAGACUCCUAAAACGUAAAGACAUUCCAUUACAAGUGUGUAAUUCGGUCAGCCAUGCCAGAUUGAUCCUCUUUGAGGUGUGAGCGUGGCAUGUGUGUGCAUCUCUUACUGUACUUUGCUUCAAAAACUUGACAAGCUGGACUAAUCAGCACUUCCAUUUUAAGUUACGACCGAGUUUGCAUGUUUAUCUGAGAACUGACCAAAAGUUCCUGUGCAUAUAUAGAAUCACACGCACGUGGGAAUGUGAAGAGUAGCAUUACAUUCUAGUUCAGAUGGUCUUAAAAGACACUUUUAAAAAAAUGCAAGUAAAAAGAGGUUAAUUCUAAACCUCUUUAGGUUGCGUAGGAUGCCAAGCUCCUGCUUCUCAGUCGUAUUUUACUCAUGUUAUAGGAAGAGAUGUUCUUAAGAAUCUCUUCAUUAGGUGGAAAAUAAGGAAGCCUGCACUCAAGAGAAAAACGAGUUGUGUGAAGACACACAAUAGCAGGAAAAAACGGCUUCCUUCCACAGCUUGUUUUCCUCUAACCUCAAAAUAUUGUAGCAGCCAUACUGUAAAAGUCAUCGUCCUGCUGGCCUCAAUACACCAAAUGGCAGCUUUUCUAGCUUUAGGUGUCAAUAAAAUAUCUUCUAGCGCAAAACACAAUAUCGAACUACCGUAUUUCUCGGACUAUAAGUCGCAUCAGCCAAAGAAAGCAUGAUAAAAAGGGAAAAAAAUGUACAUAAGUCGAACUGGAGUAUGUCACAUUUCUGAGGGCGGAUUUUUAAGAAAUUAUCAGAACACAAGAUACAUUUUACGUUAAAGUAGUACCGUAUUGGCCCGAAUAGAAGACUGCCCUGAUUAAAAGACGACCCCCUCUUUUUCAAGACUCAAGCUUGAAAAAAGACUUUUUGAACACCAAAUUGAUUUUUAUACAGAAAAUAACGACAGUACAUCCGAAACAAAUGAUUAUAGAAAUAUAUUUGAGAGAAAAAGCAUUUUAUUUUGCCUCAUUCAAAUCUUAAUAUCUGAACAUUUAAAUAUGUCAACUAAAGUGCAAUCACAUUCUUAAAUGAUUGGCUUCUGGUUUUUGAAAUGUAAAUAAACCAAUCUAUUGUGAUAAAACAAAAUUGCAAUAACUGCAUUAACCAUCAAAGUAAAGUCUAACUGUAACUGUAUUCUUGAAACAAAUCUGAAUAAGGAAAAACUGCAAUAAAAUAAUGCAAACUGGUUAAACUAAAAAGAGUAGCUGAGCUCUGUCAUGACAGAACAUCGCUUCAAUGAUAUCUGGCACCAUCUAGCGUCGUGAAGGGGUAUAAUGUCUAGACCGCGAAUAUAAGACGACCCCCUCUUUUUCAGUGUUAUUUCAAUGCAAAAAAACACUGUCUUAUAUUCGGGCCAAUACGGUAAUUGAAUUAGAGAUGUCCCGAUCCGAUCACGUGAUCAGAAAUCAGGCCAAUCACGCCAGUUUUCAGAGGAUCGGAAUUGGGUGAAAAUGAUUGGGUUAUUACAGUUUUUCUCAAUUGCUUUGGUACGUUUCUCAGAUCAGAAUUGAAAUGGUCGAAAUUUCUUGUUCAAUUUGUUGUGCAGAAUACUUAGUCUAUCGCUCAAAAUUAAAUUUCUGUCAGUGCUGUCAGAAUGACAAAUCCUUGUUUCAUUGUGUACAGACAAGACAGUCAUAUUGCUUAGUCAUGCUCUCAAUUGAACAGUUACUCUGGUGGAAGGCUCCGAUGCUGAAGACGAUGUAAGUUUAGAUGAAAAUUGCAAAUUACACCUUUGAGUAUGAGAGAUUGAUUGCAAGAGACUGGACAAGAUUCAGUUUACACUAGGGCUGUCAAACGAUUACAAAUUUUAAUCGAGUUAAUCACAGCUUAAAAAUUAAUUAAUGGUAAUUAAUCGCAAUUCAAACCAUCUCUAAAAUAUGCCAUAUUUUUCUGUAAAUUGUUGGAAUGGGAAGAUAAGACGGAUAUAUACAUUCAACAUACUGUACAUAAGUACUGUAUUUGUUUAUUAUGACAAUAAAUCCACAAGAUGGCAUUAACAUGCUUUCUGUGAAAGGGAUCCACGGAUAGAAAGACUUGUAAUUCUUAAAAGAUAAAUGUGAAUACAAGUCAUAGUAAUUUUAUAUUAAAGCCCCUCUGUAUGUUUACGUUUUAAUAAAAAUUUGUAAAAUUUUCAAUCAAAAAAUAAACUAAUAGCUCGCCAUUGUGGGAGGUAGUGAUUGAAAAUACACCUCAAGGUGUCAAGGGCGAGUUUUAAAUUAAUUAGAGAUCUAGCCAAGUUUUUCUUGUGCGUUUUGCCCCUCGACUGACGCCGUAGUUUCCGGGUUCAUUGUACUUAACAUUCCCCUCGACUGACACCGUAGUUUCUGGGUUCAUUGUACUUUACGUUCAUUUGAGUGUUGACUUCACAACGUACGAGACCUCUGAUAGUUUGUAUAUUGUGACUAAAUAUUGCCAUCUAGUGUAUUUGUUGAGCUAAACGAAAUGUUUGAAUUAAGUUUGACUAAAGUCUGAGUAUUAUUUAGCCUAGCUAUUUUGAUUGGGAAUGCCAGUUAUGUUUGCAUUGAGCGCUUUUUGUGAACAUUAUUUUUUUGAGAAAUAGGACUAUUAUUUUUGUUGUGCUUUCAGUAAAUGAUACUGUAACGACUUAACUGUUCCGCCCAAAUGUAUGAUUGGAAGUUGGGCACCCAUGACUGUCAGUGGUGGCUGCAAAUCGUAUAUCUUCUCUGAAUUGUGUCCAAUAGGGGUGUUAAGAAAAAAAUCAUCUGCUGCCAUUCUUCCUCACGUCGCUCGCCACAAUAGUUAUAAUUGUUGUGGAAGAGAUUCCAAAGCUUAUGCCAAUAAGUAGCGCGGCCCCAAUGAAUGCUUGUGUCCAAUCCACUCGCUUGUCUCUGCCUCUUAGCUCUCAAUAUACAUAAAAGAGAAAAUAAAACAAAUAUAGUCUGCUAGCGGCAAUGCCUGAGUGGGUCGUUCCGCGCAUGCGUUAAAUGCGUUAAAUAUUUUAACGUGAUUAAUUAAAUUAAUUACCGCCCGUUAACGCGAUACAAUUUUUUUACAGACCAUGUCACUGCAAUACAGAAAGCAAAAGACAGCACUGAGUAUCACAGAGAAAAAAAAAACAGGCAAGAUUAGAAAUGUGAACAUAAGACAGUCGGCACAACUAAACUUUGAGUGCUACAUCUCGGGAUUUCUUUCCCCUAUUCUUUCUACACAUUUUCAUCCACAUCACAAUGGAUGUCUUCUCUUGCUAUACAGCGUGGAAAGAAUCUUCUUAAAGGCCUUAUCCAGCCUCUGCAGGCAUCUGCUGUGAUGUCACUGCACGCUGCAUUCAUGGCAUCCAGAAGAGUCAUCUGAGUGUGAGGCUGGCGAUCAUACACUUGCCAUCUCCAUGUGAAGAAAAAUUAUUCUAUGGGAUUGAGGAAUGGGGAGUACAGUGGUGGGAACUCCAUUACCAUUCUAUUGUGGGAUGCAAACCAUUCCCUUAUUAUGUUGGAGUGGUGGAAACCCACAUUGUCCCAAACUAUCACAAAUUUUGGCAGGUUAAAAUAAGUUACGUAAAAUAAAUUACAAAAAUGCUUAGAAAUUUAGCACACACGUUUACAUAUUCUCACAUGUUCAUCCAGUUUGCAUGUAAAGACUUAUGCAAUAAAGUCAGGACUAAGUGUUCUGGGUGGUGAGACUUUAAAUAGAGACCCAUGAUUAUCUAUUUUGACCAUCAUGACAGAUGCAACUGAUAAUGUUGGAAAGAGCAGAGAAUUGUACAAAAUCAUUUGCAUGGAUGCACAAAAAGAAUCUGCAACUUGCUCACAGAAACGAGAAAGGGCUUUUUUUAUGUGCACUAGUGAUUCGAUGUUGCGAGGAUUGUACAAGUAGUUUUGAGAAUGUCAUUUCUGAUCUGAGAAACUUACCAAAGCCAUUGAGAAAAACUGUAACUCUACAAUUAAAGGCGCAAAUGUGUCAAUCAUUGUUAAAUUUGCAGUCCAGUUAUAAGUGUGCUGUGGCAACUCAUUGUGUACGUGAGAGGCUGUUCUCAGCAGCGUGAGUGGAUUUGAGUGGACUCACUCAAUGAAGCAUUUAAUAAAUACAAGCAUUUUUCUAUGUUACUCUUGUUUAAAAAUAAUUCACAUUAUGAAGGUGGCACAGUGGGACAGUAACAUGUUUGGAACUUUUGUUCAAAAAAAAAAAAAAUCUUUUUUAAGCUUUUUUUUUUUUCGGUAUCGGCUCGGGACUCGGACUUGGGUGCAAAAAUAUGUGAUCGGGACAUCCCUAAAUAGCACAACAGGUGAAAUUGGAAUCUGUUAACGUAACAUAUUGACAGUUUUUCUGAGCCUCAACAAUAUGACAUAACAGUAUCGGGACAAAGUGGGGGAAAAAAGUCAUAUACAGUAGGGGUGUGACAAUAUAUCGAAAAGGUGAUGUAUCGUGAUACUUCUUAUCCCUAAAGGUUAUCGAUAUGCUCCUGCCAAGAAUCGAUAUAUUGUUUUAAAAAGGGGUCACUGUUUAUGAUCAAAAUAUUGCACUUUGUUCUGGUGUUUGAGUAUAAAUAAGCGCAGAUUUUUUUAUUUUAUUUGCCCAGCAGAAAAAAUGCGGGUCUGAAAAGGUUGACUGUUUUUAGAAUAUUUUUUAUUUAAAUAUUGUUUAUGUUUGCGUUUUUGUGCCUUCUGAAGCAAAAGAAAAAGGCACGUGGAAGCCAUUGCUUCGAGUGGGCGGGUAUGUUGUCUUCCGGGCUUAGGAUGAUGUUGUCAAGGAAGUGCAUCAUCGGCUGUCUCCCUGUAAAACUGCACUGCCCCCGAAGGCUUGGCAUGAAUACUACAUCGUUUUCACAGUACAGAACUAAGAUGGAACCAUGUAAAUGCAAACAUGAAAAGUAUAUUCUUGAAGUGUCACCAUGUAAAGGGCCCCUUAAUGUGGUAGUGUAGCUUGGACAUAGACUUCACUAUCAGUUGACGGCACGCGGGGCCGCUCCGUAAGGGCCCUAUUGUCUAAAACUUAAAAUUCAAAUAUUUUCAAAACCAAAGCCGCUAGCAAAUUAAACCAAAACAGGCACCUCCCUUAGGCAUAUAUGAGUCUCCAUGAGUAGCGGCAUCAAAAACUCUGUCGUUCCCUAAUGAAAAAUCCCGAUUAUUAUUUUUUAUAUAACAAAACUUAAAAUGGCUAUAAAAUUCUUAGAUUUUACGCUAGAUGCACAAAAAUCACCAAAUGCAGAGAUAAUCACCUAUAUUUUCAGGAUAAAUAGCAAUAUUUGACAUGUAAGUUUUUGCCCAAAAUUGCGACUUAAUUUUUUAAAAUUUAGUGUUAUUUUGACAUAAGUUUUCAACAGCUAAUAAAUCACUCAAUUUUAGCAUCAGAAACUUAAUACUUGAGGAAAACAUGCAGAAUCAUCUUAAUUUUGCUCAACAAAAGCAGAUUUUGCUUUUUUUUUUUACAUACAAUCAUAGGUUGAAUUCCAAUGUCACUAUUGCCUCAGCACGUCUUGCCGGCUAUUUGGCCCUCGUGAAUUUUAGAUUGAAAUGUUACACAAAAUACGUAAAAGCCGUUUUUUUUUUGUAUGGAUGGAGAAAUGUCAAAAGUAUUAGUUUGUUUGUUUUUUUUGCCAACCAUAGGCAGUUGGCUGAAAAUUACCUGAUUAUUUGAAUGUAAAGUUACGCUAUUGUGUAUAGAUACAAAAUCCAACAUGGCGGCCAUCAAAAAUCAAAGAGCAUUUUAAGUUGAAAAUUAUUGUAAAUAACUCUAUAAACCCCGGAAUUUCUAUAGAUAUGAACGUAAAACAGUCUAGAUUCUUGGUUAAAAGCAAAAAAAAAAAACAAACAAACUGGCAGUUAUCAUUCAUUUUACGUAAAUAUUUCAAGCUAAAUUUACACUAAUUUUUCCAUUCAUUUUUUUCACAUCUCAAAGUGCAUACAUGGUGCUAUUUUAAAUAAUAAUUACCUUGAAUCCUCGAUCAAAUCACUCUUGAGACACUCCUACUUGUAUGCACUAAAACCUCCGUCCUGUUUCCACCUAAUUCCGGCGUUAGAACAGAGAGUUUAUCGCAGUUUAUCUGCCUGGCCCAGACCUCUACGGGAAGCUGAGGCUCAAUGUCUGUAGGAGCUGUCUCGUCAACUGAUAGUGAAGUCUACAGAUUGGAACGAAUUAGGCGAUUUAAAUGUAAAACAUUAUUCAUUUUUCGAUUAAAAAAAACCAUGAUACAAAAGCACCUCCGCUAUGAAUCAACUUCAUAUUUUGAGGUACAACAGUAAGCUUCACUUGAGUAUAAGUUGCAGGCCAAACGAUGUAAAAAGUGCGACUUAUAGUCCAGAAAAUACGGUAUAAUAGAAUAUUGUAUUGAACAAUGUUUCGUGACCGCCAGUUGGAUUAUGAGUGGUAGCAGUGAGAGGAAAUUUUCCAAACUUGACGUGUGUAUAUUUUAUUAUUUUUGUGUGUGUGUGUGUGUGUUUUCUGGAUUCAUUCUUGCACUUUUUCGGGUCAAAUCAACUCAAGGCAGAGGCACAAAUUGGAUUUGAUUUUCUUCUCUCUAUCUUACCUCACUUUUUUUGUGCCCUCUGUUGUGGGCACCUCUGACAAGGUUUGUUUAGAGACCGACCAACACCCAGGCAGCUCUUCAGAGUUCCACCUGAAUCAAGACCCGUUUUUCAUUUGCGUAUCAAACAUCCUCUCAAGACUCUCAAUGCUCCUGUUUAGUGUACAAACCUUCUCUUGUAAUCUUAAUUUAGAGUCACUGUGAAUACCAGGUACCAGCAUAUGAAGAUAAUAGUAUAUACAGAUUAAAUGAUGAACCUAAUGAUCAGUAUGUGAGGAUUCUCUGUACAGUUCAUGUAUACAAAUAUCAUCCGGUGGACAUGCUGAAGCCUCUGAACUAAACUAUCGGUAUGAGAAGACCCGUUUUGCCAUUUCUCGUAUUGUUGUAUAGAUUGUAAGAGGUCGGUGAAGCAUGAGAAUGUGCCAAGCAACAUCUAAACUUCCCCUCUGUCUGAUGUGUGUGAGUGCGUGUCAAAAUGUAACUUAUUAAUCAUGCAAAUGUGGAUUUUAUUGUAGCUGUUGAAACUUGAUGGGUGGUUCUUGGAGGAAAAAAUGUGAACUAGAGCAGAGAGGAAGGAUGUGCUUGGUUUAAAAUGUGACUUUCUUUUAUCGUAGGAAGCCAGCAAUGAUGAUAUCAUAUCUGUAAAGCUUGCAUUUGAGCUUUCAAAAGGUCUUAAAAACCAUUAGGUACGCCUUAACCAGCAAGAUCCUGACAGGAUGGUCAAAGUGCGAGUUGUCUGACUUUGUGCCUACCUGCAAAAUGUAAUGUAUGUUAAGCCAGUUCACCUUUCUCAUGAUUUUGUCCCACGGUUGCACUGACAUGAGGUUUCAGUUGCAGGUGAACAUCACAACAUCAGAUUUUUCAUCUGCUAUGUGAGCAAAAAAGAUUGGAGCUGAUGAUGUGUGUUUGGCUCAGCUGGGGCUUAACAACUGGAUUUGUGAGGAGGAAUCAGACAUCAUUUCUAAACCUGAAUUAAAGUGGAAAAGGGUGUUGAACGUGACGAUGUGUUUCAAAUGUUUUGAAAAUGUCGACGUAAUCAAUGUUGUCACAGAUUACUUGAAAAAGAUUACUGAUUACGCCUCAAAAAGUAAUUUACCGUAUUACUGAUUACAUUAUUAUCAAAGUAACUAAGAAUCAGGUACUUUUUUACAAAUUUUUCUCCCUUUGCAGCCUCAACUUAAGAAUGACAACAGAAAAAUGUCAUCGUAUGUAAUUGACUUUCCAAUAGUUGAAUUUAAAAGGGAAGAUCAAAAUUUUUCACAUAAGGCUUAAAGUACCAGUGACAGCAUAAAACAAUCUUAAAAUAGCAUUAUUAUGUGAUUUAGAGUCAUAUUUUGAGACGAUUCGACUAUAUACAACAAUUUGUCAAAGCGCAGAUGAAUAGAAAUUAGUCUUUCAAUCUGCCUUUUACCCCCGCCU